UGGACGUUAGAAUUUUCUUUUUUCCCAGAGGAUGAUUUUCAUUGGAUCGUUUUGGUGUCAUUCCGAUUUUAGUCAACAAGAUAGGGUGGAUCAGAACUGCCGGGAUGGAUGCGGCUACUCUUACCUACGACACGCUUCGAUUUGGGGAGUUUGAGGAUUUCCCAGAAACAUCCGAUCCUGUGUGGAUUCUGGGCAAACAGUCCAAUGCUCUGACAGAGAAAGAUGAGAUUCUGUCAGACAUUACUUCACGCUUGUGGUUCACCUACAGAAAGAAUUUCCAGGCAAUCGGAGGAACCGGGCCUACAUCUGACACGGGCUGGGGAUGCAUGCUGCGAUGUGGACAGAUGAUCCUUGCUGAAGCGUUGCUUCGCAGACACUUGGGUCGUGAGUGGAGAUGGGUACGAGGUCAGCAGCCAAGAGAGGAGUAUAUACGCAUCCUUAAUUCGUUUAUAGACAAGAAAGACAGCUACUACUCUAUUCACCAGAUAGCUCAGAUGGGAGUGGGAGAGGGCAAGUCCAUAGGCCAGUGGUACGGCCCAAAUACAGUGGCACAGGUACUCAAGAAACUUGCAGUGUUUGACAGAUGGAGCCGAUUGGCAGUUCAUGUGGCCAUGGACAACACUGUGAUAAUUGAGGAAAUCAAGCGGUUGUGUAUGCCAUGGCUGGACUUUGAGCACAGUGCAGACCCUCUAGAGAUGAACGGGUAUAUGGAGGGGGCAUGUGCCAUGGCUUUUGAUGAUGCAGCUGUGUGGAAACCACUUGUUCUGCUCAUCCCCCUGCGCCUGGGACUCAGCGACAUCAACGAGGCCUACAUUGAAACUUUAAAGCAAUGCUUCAUGAUGCCUCAGUCUUUAGGGGUCAUUGGUGGGAAGCCAAACAGCGCUCAUUACUUUAUUGGCUUUGUUGGAGAGGAGCUCAUCUACCUGGACCCCCAUACAACUCAGCCAGCUGUGGAGCCUUGUGAAAGCAGCGAGAUUCAGGAUGACUCCUAUCACUGCCAACACCCGCCAUGUCGCAUGCACAUCUGUGAGCUCGACCCGUCCAUAGCUGUUGGCUUCUUUUGUCAAACGGAGGACGACUUUGAUGAUUGGUGUACGCAUAUUCGAAAGUUAUCGAGCUGCAGAGGAGGUCUUCCCAUGUUCGAACUUGUAGACAGUCAGCCAUCACAUCUAAUCAGCACUGAAGCCAUUAAUCUCACUCCUGUAUCCUUUGCAGAUUUCUCCGACUCGGACCGGCUCGAGCGAUUUUUUGACUCUGAAGAUGAAGAGUUCGAGAUCCUGUCCUUGUAAGUAAAGAAUGAGCUGUUCAACAUUUACAGCUCAGUGCUACACUCCCAGAGAGGAGUAGUAUGACUGAAACAGGGCCUGCCUGGCAUUUGGUGGCAUUGUCACCUGUGUAAAACUCAGCUUCCUGCUACAGUGACUGCUCUCUGCACCAUUAUGAGUCCUGAGGUCGGAGAUGAUCAUCACAGGCCCCGAGGAGUCUCACUAUGUUCAUAUUAACAGUUAUCGUGUAUCCAUUUCCAAGUCUUAACACUUUUUGUUAUGAAGUGACUGUGCCUUUUUAUGCACCUACACUAAUGCGGAUUUGCCAUAAAUCACUUUCGGUGGUCAUCAGAAGCACAUGCUCAUGACCCACACUGCUUCGAUGUCUGUAGCGAACUGUAAUUGAAAACCAAGACGUAAAGGUUACAGACCGAGUAGGCUAGCUUGUAUAGUACAGUACAUUUAUUAAUGUUAUCUGUACACGAGUUUAUUUUAAGAUUUAUUUAUUUAAUCAACUGUACACCAGAUGGAAAAAUACCAAAUAAAAAUGUUCAUCCAAAUAUUAGGAAUGCCUUUGCACUUGCAAAGUCAUUGAGGUCUCUAAUCUUCCUAUCAUGCGACACAUGAAAGAGUACAAUUCCAGGAAUCUCUCACACACAAAAAAAAUGCGAUUGACCAAAAAAAAAUAAAAUUCAGUGACCUAAAAAAAAAAAAAACAUUGAAAGGAAAAUGACCAGAUUGAUAUAAGCACCAGGAAGAAUAUAGUAUCGUAUAAAGGCACUUUUUACAACUGAGGUAAGCUGAAAAUAAUUUUAGCACACACGCAGAAAUUUGAGGUAGAGGAUUACAAUAGACACAUCAGUUUUAAUCCCGUCAGCCUUGAACAAGAGUCUGAGGCUAUAAAGUACACGAGGUCACCCAAACCGCACACAACUUAAAUCACUCUUAAUUGGCCAAGCCUCUGACAGGAUCACAUUCUUGUACAUUGCUGAUUAGAGAGGAAUCUGAUGGGGUCUGCUAUUGUAGUGUACUGCAGGCUCUGAUACGCAUUCUGAGAUGCUUGUCUGCUCACCAUUGUGCUAAGGAGCGAUCAUUUGAUUUACUAAAGACAUCAGGGUCAGUUCAGACUAGUCUGGUUAUUCUUUAAUGAUCUUCUGCUUGCAGACACGCCCCCUUACAGAAUGUCUUUCACAUCACUUUGUGUAAACGCGAGACUUGAGAUCUAAGUCAUUUAUAAAAUAUUUGAAACAGUACAUCUGCCACCAACAAUCAUGCCUGGAUCAAAGUCACUCUUUCUUUCUGAUAUUUUGAUGUAAACAUAUGUAAAGCUCUGGAUAUGUAUCAGAAUGAUGUUUUACACUGCACACCUGCCACGUGAUUGUAUGAUAAAUCUCUGCUUUAAUGAUCAUGUUCCUAAUAAUAUGGAAAAUAUGUGUACAUACAGUUAAAUUGAGUAUUAUACUUUAAUAAAAAGGAGAAUUAAGAAGUGUUACUUCAAGAAAAUGUCUGUGCACAGAAUAAAAAUGUUAUAUCCAAA